AAGGAGAGCAAGCCAGCGGGGGACAGACCAAGGCCUGAAAAAAAACACCUGAGUCUCAUUCGCUCUCCGCCCCUUUUCCAAACCCUAGUGCAACGAUUCCUCGUCUUUUUUACAGCUCAACCUUUCAAAUUAUCCACUUUCCACACUCUUCUCCACUCUUCUUUCAUCUCACACUUCACCAAUCCAACAAUACGCCAUUUCAAUUCACUGCUUCAAAUUUCUCUAACUUUUCGAUUCGAAGCUGUGUUUGCUGCUGAAAGAAUUGGAAAGGAAUUAGCUUCUUGAUUGAAGAAGGAAAAGGGGAUUUGGGAUUUUAAUUUACCAAUUUAACCCCUUUGAUCUCGAAGAGGAAGAAUCCUCGUAUCCAUGCCAAAGUUAAUGGUUCACCUUCUCAUGAAACAUUGACCCAUGGAUCCUGAAAGCAAGAAGUUUGAAAGAGGACCAAGAGAGUUGACUGGUGCUGUUGAUCUUAUAAGUCAUUACAAGUUGUUACCCCACCAUGAGUUCUUCUGCAAGCGAUCACUUCCUUUGUCAAUUUCUGACACUCAUUAUCUUUACAAUGUGGUGGGAGACACUGAAAUCAGAAAAGGAGAAGGCAUGCAAUUGGAUCAGCUCAUCCAGAAUACUUCCUAUUCCAGAGAUAGCAAUACAUGCAUACAGCCAUUUGACCUAGAUGUGCUCCAAGAGGCCUUCCAAUUUAAGGAAACCACCCCUAUAGAUUUGCCUCCUGCAGAGAAGGGGACUCCUACAAUUGCUGCAAAACCAAAAAGUGAGUCCAAAGACAAGGAGAGGAAGCAUAAAAAGCACAAAGACAAAGAGAAGGAGAAGGAUAAAGAGCAUAAGAAGCACAAACACCGUCAUAAAGAUAAAGAUCGAAGUAAAGAUAAAGAUAAGGAGAAGAAGAAGGAGAGGAGUGGACAUCACGAUUCUGGUGGUGAUCACUCUAAGAAACACCAUGAAAAGAAAAGAAAGCAUGAUGGAGAUGAAUAUGUUAAUGAUGGUCACAAGCACAAAAAAAGUAAGCAUAAGAGCUCAAAAAUUGAUGAGAUUGGUGCCAUAAAGGUAGCUGGCUGAAGUGAUUGGCAUAAUAUUGUUCAUUUUUUGUUUGAGUUGUUGAUAGUUUGGAAGGGAUUUUCACUUAAGGUAGACAAAUUGUUUGAGAAUAGGUUCUGAACUGACUGAAAAUUGUGAAGAUGGUGAAUUCACCUGACACAGGAAAAUUUGGAUGCAGGGUUAAAAUAGCUGAAAAUGAACUUUGUAUCAUAACAAUUAUAUAAUUGCUGGUAAUACGCUAAACUUCAAUCCUUUCUUCCCAGUUUUUAUGGUGCCUUGAACAUUUUAGUGUGUAUACAUUAUUGUAAUCUUUUAUCCUUUUUGGAGUAGUCCCAAAGCCUAGUCUCAUAA